AUGUAUGAGGCAUCACAUGUUUUCAAUACUGAGAAGCUUAAGCUUGGGUCACCUGAGACCUUGGAGGAGGGACCAUCGAAGAAGCGAAGGGCGGCUAACGUCGGCCACUUCCAGCCGGACGUAGGGCCGGACCAGUUCCUGCGCAUCGUCUUCAGGCCGACCUUCAGCUGGCUCCGGAUCCCUCAAGAUUUCGUCAGGUGGUUCAGAGAAAUCCCUUCGAACAUCAUCGUCACCACCAACACUGGCUGCAACUGGAGGAUGACUACGGCGAGAGAAGGCGAUGACGCAUACAUUGACCAGGAGUGGGCGGGCUUCGCCGUCGCUCAUCAGCUGCAGGUUGGCCAGUUCCUCAUCUUCAAGAAGGUGUCAUCAUUCGAGUACAGUGUGGUCAUCUUCGAUCACACCUGCACUGAGGUGAUGACCAGGUGCCGUUACCAUGGCGAUGGCACCAGGUGCGUCGUCUUCGAAAGUCAUGUCUGA